AUCCACAUCCUGGUCGAUAUGAUUAUCGUUAUCGUCAUUUAUAUGAGGAUGGUUUUGAUACUCCACCUUAUCUUCCAGCAUCUCAUUAUCCUUAUGAUGGAUUUUUUGAUUAUGAAAAACGUAAACCUAAAUCAAAAUCUAAAACAUAUAAAGAUAAAAAAGAAAUGAAUACUGAUCAUGAUGAUCGUGAAGGUAUAACUGACUAUGAAACUGAACAUGAAGAUGAUAUAAAAAAUGAAAAAACAAAAAAAAUAAAAAAUAAAAAAACAAAAUCUAAAGAUGAUGAUAAUAAAAAUGAAAAACCUAAACAACAAAAACAACAAAAACAACAACAACCACAACAACAACAACAACAACAACGUUCAUCUCCUAAUUAUCCUGAUCCAUCUUAUGAUGAUGAACAUGAUAUGUUAGAACUUUGGCGUCAAGAAAGAAAUGAUUAUUUAAAAAAGAAAUAUAAACCAACUGUUCAUGAUAUUCUCUAUUCACAACAAUGGAUGAAAACAGAUAGUUAUUUAGAAAAUCAACGACGUCGUGCAUUACGUGAUAUUCAAGGUUAUUAUUUUCCAUAUAAAAAAUAUACUCUCAAAGAUUAUAAAGAUUUACAAAAACACGAUGCACAAAAUAAUCCAUAUGCAUCUAUUAAUGAACCUACUCCUGAUCGAAAAGAACGUGCUAGAAAACGUCAAGAAUAUUCAUCACAUAUAGAAAGACAAACAGGAGAUAUAUCGGGAAGACAAAAUAAAUCACCACAAGAUACACAAUCGAGAAAACCUUGGCAUUCAAGUCAUAGUGAACCAAAUGAUCCAGAAAAAGUAUCAAAAAGAGAACGAGCUCUUGAAUAUGCAAAAGUUCAAGUUGUAAAAACUCGAUCUCAAAGAGCAGCAAAUGAUAAAUCUAGUAGUUUAGAUCCUACUGAAAAGUAUGUUAAUGGUCUUUUUCCACAUAAUGAUGAUGAUGAUGAUGAAGGUUCAGUUUUAUGUAAAAUAAAUAAAAACAAACAUUUACAUGAAUGUUUUACAGUAUUGAAAUGUGGUGAAAUAUCAACUAAUCUAUCGAUUGUCUUUCAAGGUUUUCCAGGUCUACAUGGUUCACAAGGAGUUACAGGUUUACCUGGUCCUAUAGGUCCACAAGGUUUAACUGGUCCUCCGGGUCGUGAUGGUUUUACUGUACAACCAACUUCGUUUUAUGCUGAAUUACGACAUAUUGAUAUUACAAAAAAUUUCGAUAGGAUACUUCGACCAUGGACAGUAUCUGAUUUGUUUAAUAUUCCAAAUGUUUUAAAUUAUUUUUCAAAACAUACAGGAAUAUUUACUGUACCAACAAAGGGUCUUUAUCAAUUUUUUCUUACUAUUACAGUUUCUAGUAUUAAGGCAUCUUUUUAUAUUACAAAAAAUGGUCAAGAUAUGUGUACAGUUCGGCUAGAAUCAAUAGUUAUAAGUCAUAAUAAAACUAUUGUUUCGGGUUUAUCUAAUGGUUUAAUAGAUUGUCUUUUAUAUUGUCAAGUUAAUGAUGAAAUAUCUAUUGUAGCUUCUAAUCUUUUAAAUGAAAACUUUGAUUCACAACCUCAUGCUUACCCUUAUUUAAUAUUUUCAGGUUAUAUGUUAUCUGAAAUUUAA